CAAACAACCCCUAACUAACCCCGUUCACUUCACUCCAAUUCACCGCCAGAUCUCGUUCUAUUCUGUUUCACUCACUGCACAAAAGAAAGAGAAAUAAUGGCGGUCAUGGCGGUUCACCAAUUCGCGCAAUGUAUCACUUGCCACGCCUGGAGCGCCGAUCAAUCUAGGGUUUUGGAGCUCUUAACAUCAUGUGUGGUGCAUUGCAAUGUGCAGCUACAAUUACUGCUACUCUGCUAUUUGCACAUGGAGGUGGUCGCUUUAUGUCCAAACAAUAAUGAAGUGCACAUCUAUAGGUUGGUUGAAGACAAAUGGGAAAAGGUGUAUGUUCUUCAAAAGCAUGAUCAGGUAAUUUCUGGAAUAGACUGGAGUGCAAGAUCAAAUAAAAUAGUUACCUCAUCCCAUGAUCGGAAUUCAUGCAAACCACGUGUUCUUUGUAGAUAUGUCUGGAACCUUGAACAAUCAGAAUGGGUGCCAACUCUUGUUAUCCUUAGAUUAAACCGUGCUGCUCUUUGUGUUCAAUGGAGUCCAAAAGAAAACAAAUUUGCAGUGGGGAGUGGAGCCAAAACUAUUUGUAUAUGCUACUAUGAGCAGGACAACAACUGGUGGGUCAGCAAACUUAUCAGGAAAAGACACGAUUCUUCAGUGACAAGUGUUUCUUGGCAUCCAGAUAAUAUUUUUCUUGCGACAACAUCUACAGAUGGGAAAUGCCGAGUAUUCUCCACUUUUAUUAAAGGCGUUGAUGCAAAGGAUUCAAAAAAGGGUACUUCAUCAGAUUCAAAAUUUGGAGAGCUCAUUGUUCAGCUUGAUCUCUCGUCAUCUUGGACAUUUGGAGUCAAGUGGUCUCCAAGUGGCAAUACUCUAGCAUAUGUAGGUCAUAAUUCUAUGAUAUAUUUUGUUGAUGAUGUUGGUCCUUCUCCUUUGGCCCAAAAUGUUGUGUUCCGUGAUUUGCCCCUCCGUGAUGUACUAUUUGUUUCUGAAAGAAAAGUGAUAGGUGUAGGAUUUGAUUGCAACCCAAUGGUUUUUGCGGCGGAUGAAAGAGGAACUUGGAGUUUUGUCAGGUAUCUGGGAGAACGGAAAGCAGUAUCUUCUGCAUCAAGAUAUGGCUCACAGUUCUCUGAAGCAUUUGGGAAGUUUUAUGGUCAAUCAAAGCAUGGAGUGAACAACGAUGCAGUUGAAACUUCAAGAACUCGUGGAACUGUUCAUGAGAACUGUAUAAAUUGUAUUAUACCUCUUGGGGAUCGUGGAAAAAUGAUUAGGCGUUUCAGCACAUCAGGAUUGGAUGGAAGAAUUGUUCUAUGGGAUUUGGAAAAUGAGCAAGACCUGUUAGAAUAAUAAGCUCAUCAGUAAAUCGUCACAUCUUCAUGGUAAAGCAUCUGAAGUUGAUUGUUGCAUGAAGCAUCAUACCUUGUAAAUUAAUUUGGGUAUGAGGGAUUUAAGUGAUCUCUUGUCAUUAUAAUGAAGACUUGAAAGUGUCAGAUAUUUCAGCCCCUAGAGUAUGUCUGUAAACUCUACCUCGAUGUUAACGUAUUCUCUUAUUCAA